AUGGUGAUCAUGCAGCUCGUGGAAGAGAACAGGAUACCCGAGUUUGACAAUCUAUACCUUGACAUGAAUGGCAUUGUCCACAACUGCUCGCAUCCGCGCGACGAUGAAGCAACCUUCCGUAUUUCCGAGGAGGACAUCUUUUUGGGGAUAUUUUCGUACAUUGAGCACCUCUUCUCCAAGAUCCGGCCACAGAAGGUCUUCUUCCUGGCGAUCGACGGUGUGGCGCCGCGUGCCAAAAUGAACCAGCAGCGCAGCCGUCGUUUCCGCACGGCGCAAGAGGCGAAGGAAAACGUCGCCAAGGCGCGCCAGCGUGGCGAGGACAUCCCCGACUCGGCGCCGUUCGACUCGAACUGUAUCACGCCGGGCACUAUCUUUAUGCAGAAGCUGCAGCUGCAGCUCGAGUACUUUAUCGCAAAGAAGGUCGCCGAGGACUCCAACUGGCGCAAGGUGCAGGUCAUUCUCUCGGGCCACGACGCAGUCGGCGAGGGCGAGCACAAGAUCAUGGAGUUUAUCCGCACGCUCAAGGCGCAGCCGGACUACAACCCCAACACUCGCCACUGCCUCUACGGUCUGGACGCCGAUCUGAUCAUGCUGGGCCUGCUCAGCCACGACCCGCACUUUGCGCUACUGCGUGAAGAGGUCGUCUUCGGCCCCCAGCGCGGGAAAAAGACGGCGACGCUCGAGACGCAGACCUUUUACCUUUUGCACCUCUCGCUCCUGCGCGAGUACCUCGAGCUCGAGUUUGACGGCUUGCGCGACUGUCUCCCGUUCCAAUUCGACCUGGAACGGAUCAUUGACGACUACAUCCUUUUGCACCUCUUUGUCGGCAACGAUUUCCUGCCGCACCUGCCCGGCCUGCACAUCAACGAGGGCGCAAUCGAGCUCCUUUUCCGUAUCUACGAAAAGGUCCUGCCGAAUGCGGGCGGCUACCUCAACGAGCAGGGCACGCUGCGCCCGGAGCGUCUGCAGCUCAUUAUCAACGAGCUCUUUUCUCUUGAGCGCAACAACUUUAUCAAGGAACACCCGGAACUGACGCGCAACAAGCCCAUCCUGAAAAAGAAAAAGGGCAGCGCGCCGAGCGGCCAGAUGGUCAUUACGCCGACGCAGCGCGACUGGGUGACCCAGCUGCACCAGUUCGUGAUGGCCUUUGACGCCCACCCGGACACGGCGCCUACCGAGACGUACUUCCCGGCGAAGCGCCCGGGCAGCGACAAUGACUUUUUGACAAAACUCUCGCAGCGCCUCGGACUGCACAUUGCCCUGAACGAGUACGACCCGGUGCAGGACACGACCGCGACCGUCAUUUCGAUCCCCAAGAGCAAGGUCGAGCAGUACCGCGCCGACAAGGCCACCGACGAGGCCUUCCCGGAGGAGCACGCGCUCGCCGUACAGCGUGCGCUCACGCCAUAUGUCGACGCGCGUGUCGACGGUGAGGCGCCGCCGCCGGAGGACGAGCCGCGCGACGCGGCCGCCGAGGAGCAGGCGGCGAUCGCCCAGCAGAAUCGCGAGAUCGACGACCGCCUGCGUCAGUGGAAGGUGCACUAUUACCGCUCCAAGCUCAACAUGGACUACACGCCCGAGUCCAUUCACGAGCUGACGUACAACUACAUUGAAGGCAUGCAGUGGGUGCUGCACUACUACUACGAAGGCAAUGCGUCGUGGGGCUGGUUCUACAAGUACCACUACGCCCCGCAGGUGUCGGACCUGAACAACAUCGGCGAGUACAAGUUUGACUUUAACCUCGGCAAACCCUUCCUGCCGUUUGAGCAGCUGAUGGGUGUGUUGCCGCCGCUGAGCAAGCAGCUCAUUCCUCCGGCGCUGCAGGAGCUCAUGACCGAGCCCACGUCGCCGAUCCUCGACUUUUACCCUGCCGACUUUGAGUCGGACAUGAACGGCAAAAAGAACAGCUGGGAGGCGGUCGUCAAGAUUCCGUUUAUCGACGAGAAGCGCCUGCUGAGUGCGAUGGAGCUGCGCGAGAAUGGCCUCACGCAGGAGGAGCGCGUGCGCAACCGGCACGGGCCGCCCAAGUCGUUCCGCUUCGACCCGUCGCUGGACUACACCUAUCCCUCGAGCCUGCCUGGCUUUUUCCCCGACAUGCAAAAUGUGCAGGUGCGUGUCGAGUCGUACGUGCUGCCGUCGAUGGACGGCCGCGAGUACAUCAAGACGCUCCCGCAAGGCGUGAUGCUCGGUGUGGACGCCAUGCCCGGCUUCCCCAGCAUCAAGACGCUGCCUUUUACGCACCAGCUCCGCAAGGCGGGUGUCAAUGUGCACGGCACGGCGAGCAGCCAGUCGUCCAUGAUUUUGACGAUCAACCCCCUUGCCGAGGUGCCCGACCUUGCGACGCUAUCGCAGAGCGUCAUUGGGCAGCGUACCUUUACCGGCUGGCCCUUCCUCUUUGAGGGCCUUGUGGUGGGCGUCUCGGACCGUACGCAGGAGAUCCAGGCGCAGCUCGAGAAUGGCCAGGUGCAGCUCAGCAAGUACUCGACGAGCAGCCUGUACGAGCGUGCAAACAAGAUCCGCACCAAGUAUGCGACACGAUACGGUGUCGUGAUUGGCGAGACGCCGAUGCUCCUGCAUGUGCGUCCGCUGCAAGGUCUGCACCACCUGUCCAACGCGGCGCUCGCCAAGGAGUACGCGCCGUCGGCCCAGGGCGAGAUCGAGUAUCCGCUGCAGCUCAUGGUGAACUCAGUGAAGCACGAAGACAGCCGCUUCCUCGAGCGUCCCGGCAUGACGGUGAGCGAAGAGUACCCCGACGGCACCAAAGUGUUCUACCUCGGCGACAAAGGGUUCGGGUGCCCCGGCCGCGUGAUCGGCACGACCUCGUCGACGGUCGCGAUCGAGCUUGCGUUCCUCGCGGACCUUGCGCAGGAGAACAUGCUCAUGCGCAAGCUCGUCAAGGAGCGUGCGUCCGAAACCUAUUUCCCUCUGGCACAGGUGUCGCAGCGCCUCAAGAUCUCGUCGAUCGUCCUGUCGCGCAUCACCAGCUCGAUGCUCGUGCACGUCGGCAAGAAGAAGAUGAACCUCGGUCUGAACCUCAAGUUUGAGGCCAAGAGCCGCAAGGUCCUCGGCUACACGCGCCGCACGUCGCUCGGCUGGGAGUACAGCGAGAAGGCGAUUGCGCUGAUCGCUGCCUUUGCCAAGGCCUUCCCCGAGCUGAUCAAGAACGUGGCGCGCCGCCCGCCGCAGGGAGACUUUUACUCGGACACGGACCUCUUCCCGCAACGCACCGACGAACGCAUCGCCGCGCUGCGUGCAUUUGAGAAGGAGCACAAGCUGCGCGAGCUCGAGGACGUGCCGGUGUACGUCGACCGUCUCGAGCAGCCGGUGAUUGCUACGCUCGAGGCUGCGACGCGCAUCAUGGCGCGCAAGCGUGCCGAAUCGGGCUCGAUGGGCAUCAAGCGCCAGAUUCUGCGUAGCCUGCCGCGCUACGCGCUGCUCAAACCCGACCAGGCGCGCAUGCGUGUGCCGGUGCAGCAGUACCAGCUCGGCGACCGCGUCGUGAACGUGCUCGACUUUGGCUCGGUUCCGCCCGCCGCCAAGGGCACGGUGGUCGGUCUCGGGACCAACAGCAUCGACGUUGUGUUUGACGUGCCCUUCCUCGGCGGCACGUCACUCAACGGACUGUGCACUAACUACCGCGGCGCGAUUGUCGGCCUGGCCGACGUCCUCAACCUGUCCACGCCGCAGAUGGCGACCAAGUGGGGCGUCGAGGCGGAGCUCACCGACGAGACUAGCGCGCUGACACGCACGCUCCUUGCGCGCGACGCGAAGAAGUCGGCCCAGCCCACGCAAAAGGGCAACAUGCCCAAGAACUUCUUCCAUGCGGCUCCUCCGAAGGCGCCGAGCGCCAAGGGAACGAAGCAGGCCAUGUUCAAGGGACCGGCAAAGGGCGCACACGGCAAAGCGCCGACAUCGCAAGCUGAUGCGGCCGCUGCGCACCUGCAGACGCUCUCGCUCGGCAAGCCACAGGCGCCGCGCAAGCAGGCGUGGCAGGGCAAGCCGAAGCCGAAUGCGUCUUCAUAG